UCAGAAUGGACUCAAUGCUCUCCAUCUGGCAGCCAAGGAAGGCCACGUGGGCCUGGUGCAGGAGCUGCUGGGAAGAGGGUCCUCCGUGGAUUCUGCCACUAAGAAGGGAAAUACUGCUCUUCACAUUGCAUCACUGGCCGGACAAGCGGAAGUUGUCAAAGUUCUAGUUAAAGAAGGAGCCAAUAUCAACGCACAGUCACAGAAUGGCUUCACUCCUUUGUAUAUGGCUGCCCAGGAGAAUCACAUUGAUGUUGUAAAAUAUUUGCUAGAAAAUGGAGCUAAUCAGAGCACUGCUACAGAGGAUGGCUUUACUCCUCUAGCGGUGGCACUCCAGCAGGGACACAACCAGGCAGUGGCCAUCCUCUUGGAGAAUGACACUAAAGGGAAGGUGAGGCUGCCGGCUCUGCACAUUGCGGCUCGGAAAGAUGACACCAAGUCUGCCGCCCUCCUGCUUCAGAAUGAUCAUAAUGCUGACGUGCAAUCCAAGAGCGGCUUCACCCCUUUGCACAUAGCUGCUCAUUAUGGAAACGUCAAUGUGGCGACUCUUCUUCUAAACCGGGGAGCUGCAGUGGACUUCACAGCCAGGAAUGGAAUUACUCCCCUGCACGUAGCUUCUAAAAGAGGAAAUACCAACAUGGUGAAGCUCCUACUGGAUCGAGGUGGUCAGAUUGAUGCCAAAACUAGGGAUGGGUUGACUCCACUUCACUGUGCUGCACGAAGUGGGCAUGACCAAGUGGUGGCGCUGCUGCUGGAACGGGGUGCUCCCUUGCUGGCAAGGACCAAGAAUGGGCUGUCUCCUCUUCACAUGGCUGCACAGGGGGACCAUGUGGAAUGUGUGAAGCACCUGCUACAGCACAAGGCACCUGUAGAUGAUGUCACCCUGGAUUACCUGACUGCCCUUCAUGUUGCUGCACAUUGUGGUCACUACCGUGUCACCAAACUCCUUCUGGACAAGAGAGCCAACCCGAAUGCGAGAGCCCUGAAUGGUUUUACUCCACUGCACAUUGCCUGCAAGAAAAACCGCAUCAAAGUCAUGGAACUGCUGGUGAAAUAUGGGGCUUCAAUCCAAGCUAUAACAGAGUCUGGCCUCACACCAAUACAUGUGGCUGCUUUCAUGGGCCACUUGAACAUUGUCCUCCUUCUGCUGCAGAACGGAGCCUCUCCAGAUGUCACUAACAUUCGUGGUGAAACUGCACUUCACAUGGCAGCCCGGGCUGGGCAGGUGGAAGUUGUCCGAUGUCUCUUGAGGAAUGGUGCUCUUGUGGAUGCCAGAGCCAGGGAGGAACAGACACCUUUACAUAUUGCCUCCCGACUGGGUAAGACAGAGAUUGUCCAGCUGCUUCUACAACAUAUGGCUCAUCCAGAUGCAGCCACUACAAAUGGGUACACACCACUGCACAUCUCUGCUCGGGAAGGACAGGUAGAUGUGGCCUCUGUCCUCUUGGAAGCAGGAGCAGCACACUCCUUAGCGACCAAGAAGGGUUUCACUCCCCUGCACGUAGCAGCCAAGUACGGAAGCAUGGAUGUGGCAAAACUUCUCUUGCAGCGCCGUGCAGCUGCAGACUCAGCAGGGAAGAAUGGCCUUACCCCGCUCCAUGUUGCUGCUCAUUAUGACAACCAGAAGGUGGCGCUGCUGCUGCUGGAGAAGGGUGCUUCCCCUCAUGCCACUGCCAAGAAUGGUUAUACUCCUUUACACAUUGCUGCCAAGAAGAAUCAGAUGCAAAUAGCUUCCACACUACUCAACUAUGGAGCUGAGACUAACACUGUGACGAAGCAAGGGGUCACUCCACUGCAUCUGGCCUCACAAGAGGGGCACACAGAUAUGGUCACCUUGCUUCUGGAAAAAGGAGCCAAUAUCCACAUGUCAACCAAGAGUGGGCUCACAUCCUUACACCUUGCAGCCCAAGAAGAUAAAGUGAACGUUGCUGACAUUCUCACCAAACACGGGGCUGACCAGGAUGCCUACACAAAGCUUGGUUACACUCCUUUAAUCGUGGCCUGUCACUAUGGGAAUGUGAAAAUGGUCAACUUUCUUCUGAAGCAGGGAGCAAAUGUCAAUGCAAAAACCAAGAAUGGCUACACACCUUUGCACCAAGCUGCCCAACAGGGCCACACACACAUCAUUAAUGUCCUGCUCCAGCACGGGGCCAAGCCAAAUGCCACCACUGCGAAUGGUAACACAGCCUUGGCGAUUGCUAAGCGGCUGGGCUACAUCUCUGUGGUUGACACCCUGAAGGUUGUGACGGAGGAGGUCACCACCACCACCACGACUAUCACGGAAAAACACAAGCUAAAUGUUCCUGAAACGAUGACGGAGGUGCUUGAUGUUUCUGAUGAAGAGGGUGAUGACACAAUGACAGGCGAUGGGGGGGAAUACCUUAGGCCUGAAGAUCUCAAAGAACUCGGUGAUGACUCACUACCCAGCAGUCAGUUCCUGGAUGGCAUGAACUACCUUCGGUACAGCCUGGAGGGAGGGAGAUCUGACAGUACCAUCCCCAGUUCUGACAGGUCUCACACUCUGAGCCAUGCUUCGUACCUGAGGGACAGUGCCAUGAUUGAUGACACGGUUGUGAUUCCUGGCCACCAGGUAUGUGACUUUCUAGUGAUAUCUUACUUGUAUUUCCAUCUCUUUUUUUCAGUGAACACUGUGUUAGUAUAUGAAUUAAAUAUUUUAAUCAAAGUCACAUCUGAUUUCAUUCUUUAUAUUUCACUUAUCCACUCUUUCUCCAUGCUAAAUUAUCUAUUCUGUUGCAGCCGCGCCUCUCCAUGUCUUGAUCGUGACAACAGCAGUUUCCUGGUCAGUUUCAUGGUGGAUGCCCGUGGUGGCGCCAUGCGCGGAUGCAGACACAAUGGACUCCGGAUCAUUAUCCCACCUCGGAAAUGCACAGCACCAACUCGAGUCACCUGCCGCCUGGUGAAACGCCAUAGACUGGCAACGAUGCCGCCAAUGGUGGAAGGAGAAGGCCUGGCCAGCCGCCUCAUUGAAGUGGGACCUUCUGGAGCUCAGUUCCUUGGGCCGGUGAUCGUGGAGAUUCCUCACUUUGCUGCCCUUCGAGGAAAGGAGAGGGAGCUGGUGGUUCUGCGAAGUGAAAACGGGGACAGCUGGAAAGAGCAUUUCUGUGACUACACUGAAGACGAACUGAACGAGAUCCUUAAUGGCAUGGAUGAAGUGCUGGACAGUCCCGAGGACCUGGAAAAGAAACGAAUCUGCCGUAUCAUCACUCGUGACUUCCCACAGUACUUUGCGGUGGUGUCUCGGAUCAAACAGGACAGCAACCUGAUUGGCCCAGAGGGCGGAGUGCUGAGCAGUACCGUGGUGUCACAGGUGCAGGCUGUCUUUCCAGAGGGUGCACUCACAAAGCGCAUCCGUGUAGGCCUGCAGGCUCAACCUAUGCACAGUGAGUUGGUGAAGAAGAUCCUAGGCAACAAAGCAACCUUCAGCCCUAUAGUCACUUUGGAACCCAGGAGAAGAAAAUUUCACAAGCCUAUUACCAUGACGAUUCCCGUCCCCAAAGCUUCAAGUGAUGUCAUGCUGAAUGGUUUUGGGGGAGACGCACCAACCUUAAGAUUACUAUGCAGCAUAACAGGUGGAACCACGCCUGCACAAUGGGAAGACAUCACAGGAACUACACCACUAACAUUCGUCAAUGAAUGUGUUUCCUUUACAACCAACGUGUCUGCCAGGUUCUGGCUGAUAGAUUGUCGGCAGAUUCAGGAAUCUGUUUCCUUUGCAUCGCAAGUGUAUAGAGAAAUUAUCUGUGUACCAUAUAUGGCCAAAUUUGUAGUCUUUGCCAAAUCACAUGACCCCAUUGAAGCCCGGUUGCGGUGUUUCUGUAUGACAGAUGAUAAAGUAGAUAAGACCCUUGAGCAACAAGAAAACUUCUCUGAGGUGGCCAGGAGCAGGGAUGUGGAGGUAUUAGAAGGAAAACCUAUUUAUGUUGAUUGUUUUGGCAAUCUGGUACCACUAACCAAGAGUGGCCAACAUCAUAUAUUCAGUUUUUUUGCCUUCAAAGAAAACAGACUUCCUCUCUUUGUCAAGGUACGUGAUACAACUCAGGAACCUUGCGGGCGACUAUCAUUUAUGAAGGAACCGAAAUCCACAAGAGGAUUGGUGCAUCAAGCCAUUUGCAACCUGAACAUCACCCUGCCAAUUUAUGCAAAGGAAUCAGAGUCAGAUCAAGAGCAGGAGGAAGAGAUCGGUAUGACAUCAGAAAAAAAUGAUGAGACAGAGUCAACAGAAACAUCUGUCCUGAAAAGCCACCUGGUUAAUGAAGUUCCUGUCUUAGCAAGUCCGGACUUGCUCUCUGAAGUUUCUGAGAUGAAACAAGAUUUGAUCAAAAUGACGGCCAUCUUGACCACAGAUGUGUCCGAUAAGGCAGGUUCUAUCAAGGUGAAGGAGCUGGCAAAGGCUGCUGAAGAAGAGCCAGGCGAACCAUUCGAAAUUGUUGAAAGGGUUAAGGAGGACUUAGAGAAAGUGGACGCAAUCCUGAGAAGUGGGGCCUGUGUUAGAGAAGAAGGCAGAGUACAGACUUCUCAGUCUGAGCGGGAGCUAGAAGAGGAAUGGGUCAUUGUCAGUGAUGAGGAAAUCCAAGAGGCCAAGCAACAUGCGCCUGCAGAAAUCACUGAACAGCCAUGCAUAGAAGUCAGAGUAGACAGAGGGUCCAAGGUCAAAUCAGAGAAGGACUCCACUGGGUUAGUGACCUACCUAACAGAAGACCUAAAUUCAUAUACUUCUUCUCAUGAAAAGAAGCCACAGACAGCUCAGGAAAAGACAGGGGAGACAAGUCAGGCUUCAGGUGUUGCCAAGACCUCUGAGAAUAAUAAAGGGAAGACUGUGCCAGCAGAGGAGAAACAAAGUGCCCAGAAGCAGCCAAAACCAAGCCUGGUGAUAAAGAAGCCAGUGAGGAGGAAACUAAAAGAAAAGCAGAAACAAAAAGAGGAAGGUUCCCAAGGCAGUGAAGAAACAACCGAACUUAGGAAAGGUAGUUCAGAGGAGUCGGUAGAUGAAGACCGAGGCCUGGCACCCGAGCCCCUUCCCACUGCCAAGGCCACCUCUCCUCUGAUAGAAGAAACUCCUAUUGGUUCCAUAAAGGACAAAGUAAAGGCUCUUCAGAAAAAAGUAGAAGAUGAGCAGAAAGGUCGAAGCAAGCUGCCGGUCAGAGUCAAAGGCAAAGAGGAUGUGCCCAAAAAGACCACGCCCAGGACACACCCAGCUGUGUCACCCUCUUCAAAGUCAUCUCCUUCUUCUAAAACAGAAAAGCACUCUUCUUUUUCUUCCUCUGCAAAAACUGAAAGACACACGCCAGUGUCACCAUCAAGCAAAACAGAGAAACACUCACCUGUGUCACCCUCGCCAAAAAAUGAACGACACUCACCAGUAUCGUCAAGUAAACCUGAGAAACAUUCACCUGGAUCCCCCUCAACAAAAAAUGAAAGACAUUCCCCUGUGUCAUCUGUAAAAACAGAACGACAUACACCUGUGUCACCUUCAGGAAAAACAGACAAACGUCCUCCAGUACCAUCAUCUGGAAGAACAGAGAAACACCCUCCAGUGUCACCUGGGAGAACAGAAAAACGCUUGCCAGUUUCACCUUCUGCAAGAACCUCAGAGAAGCAGUCUGGGAAAAAUGAUAAGCACCUUCCUGUGUCACCUGGGAAGACAGAAAAGCAGCCACCUGUAUCUCCCACCUCCAAAACAGAACGAAUUGAGGAGACAAUGUCUGUCCGGGAGUUGAUGAAAGCAUUCCAGUCAGGUCAGGACCCGUCUAAACACAAAACAGGACUCUUUGAGCACAAAUCAACAAAGCAAAAGCAAUCACAAGACAAAAGUAAAACCCGAGCAGAAAAAGAAAAGGGGCACACAGUAACCCAGAGAGAGUCUCAGAGAACAGAAAGCCAGACAAUCAAGCGUGGCCAGAGAUUUCCAGUGACGGCACCUACAGAAUCCAGAAGGUUCCGUUCUACUACCAUCACUGUUGGGCUCAGGACAGAAGAUCCAGUUAGAGAAAAGUUUGAGAGAGCUCCCAUUAUUAAAACACCUGAGCCAGUUCCAUCAGUGGUGGCAGAAGAAAGCCCUCGGGGCAGUGAGAUCCUUCAAGACAAGAUGAUGGAUGAGCAAGGAGACAUGGAUCUUCAGAUCAGCCCAGACAGGAAGACCUCCACUGACUUCUCUGAUGUCAUCAAGCAAGAGUUAGAAGACAAUGAUAAAUAUCAGCAGUUCCGCCUCACUGAGGAAACAGAAAAGGCUCAGAUACACUUAGACCAAGUAAUCACAAGUCCUUUCAACACAACGUUCCCUCUAGAUUACAUGAAAGACGAGUUUCUUCCAGCUCUGUCUUUACAGAGUGGUGCUUUGGCUGGCAGUUUGGAAAGCCUGAAACAGGAAGUGAUAGCAGGCUCGCCUUGUGGCAGCCUGAUGGAAGGUACUCCUCAGGUCAGUUCAGAAGAGAGCUAUAAGCAUGAGGGCCUAGCAGAAACUCCCGAGACAAGUCCAGAGAGUCUUUCUUUCUCACCGAAGAAAAGUGAGGAACAAAUUGGAGAGAUCAAGGAAACUAAGGUAGAAAUGCCCACAGAAAUUCAUUCAGAAAAAGAGCUUCCUUUAACUAAAGACAUUACUGAUAGUUCUGGAACACAAGGUGCUGUGGUCACUGGGGGUUCAGAGACCUCUACUGAGCAUUGUCAGAAGGAGGUCACCCAAGACCCUUCCCAAGAUGUAUCCUCCAAACUAGAUGGUUGCCCUAGCAGGCACAGUGUAUCGUUGGCAGAUGAAACAUGCCAAGUCUUUACUGAGAAAGGGUCCUGUGACGAAAGUCAGCUCCCAAUUGUAGGUUCAGCUUGUAAAACACAAGCAAAAAGUGAAACUCAGGAAUCCACCACUCCCUCCGAGGUGGGAAAGGCCUUCUCAUCAUCUGAUGCUUCUGGGAAGGCAGGUGAGGGAACAGAACCAAAGCCCCAGGGAGCUAUUAGAAGCCCCCAAGGGUUAGAACUUCCACUCCCUAGCCGGGAUAGUGAGACCCUCAGCCCAGUGGCCGAUGAAUCAUUAGCAGUAAGCCACAAAGACUCUCUAGAAGCUAGCCCUGUGUUGGAAGAUAACUCCUCACACAAAACUCCCGAUUCUCUGGAACCAAGUCCUCUGAAAGAAUCCCCUUGCAGGGACUCCCUUGAAAGCAGCCCAGUUGAGCCCAAAAUGAAGGCAGGAAUUCUCCCAAGUCACUUUCCUCUCCCUGCAGCUAUUGCCAAAACAGAUCUUGUUGCUGAAGUGGCUUCCAUGCGUUCUCGGCUGCUCCGAGACCCUGAUGGCAGUGCCGAGGACGACAGUCUUGAACAGACUUCACUCAUGGAGAGCUCAGGGAAAAGCCCCCUCUCCCCUGACACUCCCAGUUCAGAAGAAGUUAGCUAUGAGGUCACACCCAAGGCUUCAGAUUCAAGUUUACCCAAGCCAGCUGUGAUUCAUGAGUGUGCAGAGGAGGAGGACUCUGAAAAUGGGGAGAAAAAGAGGUUCACCCCAGAAGAGGAAAUGUUCAAGAUGGUAACCAAAAUUAAAACAUUUGAUGAACUCGAGCAAGAAGCAAAGCAGAAAAGAGACUACAGAAAAGAACCCAGACAAGAUGGCUCCUCUUCAGCCUCAGACCCCGAUGCUGACUGUUCGGUAGAAGUGGAUGAACAAAAGCCAGUGGAGACCAUGGAAGGGGAGACUGAGGUCCCAGUCUUGGUGACUUCGGAGAGCAGAAAAGCUUCUUCCUCCUCUGAAAGUGAGCCUGAGCUGACACAGCUGAGUAAAGGUGCCGACUCAGGGCUUCUGAUGGAACCAGUUAUUCGAGUUCAACCUCCAUCUCCCCUCCCAUCCAGCAUAGACUCUAAUUCCAGCCCUGAAGAAUCACAGUUCCAGCCUAUAGUUUCCAAACAAUACACUUUCAAGAUGAACGAAGAUAUUCAAGAGGAGCCGGGUAAGUCAGAAGAAGACAAAGAUUGCCAAUCUCCUUUAGCUGAAGGCUGUCGGACUCCUUCUGCUGAUGGUGUUGAUAGGUCUUAUGAUGAUCUGAACAGAGAGACUCAUCGGUCGGAAACCUGUGAUGGCCAUGGUUGUGAAGUUGUGAGUCCUAGCAAGUCAGCCACCCUUGUCUCCCUAGGAGUUCAGAGUCCAGCAUGUAUUGAUGUUGAUGAACAGCUUGCCAUUGAUAAAGAGUCACUGGCUCUCCAGGAUACUUGGGAAAAAGGGAGAGAGCUUGAUCCUUCUGGAGUGGAAUCUACACAGGCAGAUUUCCCCGGUGGAAGCUCUUCCCUGUCUUCUUCAUCUCAUUGUGCAGUAUCUGAAAGAAAGGAAUCAGUGAAAGAAGUACCCUCCCCAUCUUCCACUGAAAAAGUAGACGUCACAGUAACUGAUCAGACUCUGGGAAGCAUGCCGAAGGACUGUCCCACUCAAGACUCAUCUUCUACAACUCAAACAGAUAGGGUUGAUACAGACACUCUGGUGUCUGAUUUAGCUGAGACUGAUGAAAAUUCUGAUCCUCAAAUAACCAGCCCUUAUGAAAAUGUUCCUUCCUCAUCAUUUUUCUCUGGUGAGGACAGCAGAAUCCAAACAGACACAUGUCACACCACAGUUGUUUGUCCACCUGAAGUGUUCUCUGUUGUCAUCAGAUCCUCUUCUGAGGAUGUUGUAAAGACAAACUCCUCUGGUAGAGCUGUCUCAAGCCAAGAAUCAAAAUUUGAAACCCAGGGUCUAAAAACUGAAUCCGAGGAAAAAACCAGCUUGUGGGGAAUGCAGUCAGAUGUGCCUUCCACAUCUGUAGCAUCUGCUACACCAAAUGCACCAGCAGUCAUUGGUGAGCAAGUGAGCAAAGUCAUCAUCACGAAAACCGAUGUGGAUUCUGACUCCUGGAGUGAAAUUCGUGAAGAUGAUGAAGCCUUUGAAGCUAGAGUGAAAGAGGAAGAACAGAAAAUAUUUGGUUUGAUGGUAGACAGACAAUCACAGGGUACUACUCCCGAUACUACUCCUGCUAGGACCCCAACUGAAGAGGGAACCCCAACAAGUGAACAAAAUCCAUUCCUCUUCCAGGAAGGAAAAUUGUUUGAGAUGACCAGAAGUGGUGCUAUUGAUAUGACCAAAAGGUCCUAUACAGAUGAAAAUUUGCACUUUUUCCAAAUUGGUCAAGAAUCCAAUGAAGAGACUAUCCCUGAAGACUUGAAGGAAGGGACCAUGGGGGCUGAGCCGACACAGCCGGAAAACACAAGUGAGUCACUGGAACUUUCAGAAUCCAAAGAAGAAGUAGACGAUGAGGGAGAAUUACUUCCUGAUGAUGUGAGUGAGGAAACUGAGGAAUUACCUGCCUCAGAUACUAACCUUGACUCCCAAGUGAUGAUUUCAGCUUCCACUGAAAUGCCCACAAAAGAGGCUGUAUCCACAGAAGCUCAGGACCUCCCCACCAUGCAACUGAGUGAUACAUCUUCUCUGAGCACUGUGAAGCAGACACCUUGCCCUGCCUUCCCCCAACCUAUUGUUCAAUUGGACUUUUCCACAGUCACUAGGUCUGUUCAUUCAGAUAGGGAUGACGAGUCCCCAGAUUCUUCCCCAGAGGAACAGAAAUCUGUGAUUGAGAUCCCUACUGCACCCAUGGAAAAUGUGCCUUCUGCUGAAAGCAAACCUCAAAUUUCUCUAAGGACACUCUCCACUUCAGUCCCAGUCCCUUCAUCUACAGAGGAUGAGAGUGCAUUUUCUGAUGAUUUCCCAUCUGGCAUGGAUGAGGAAAGUAAGGAGGAUGAAGCAAAACCAAAGUCCAAAAUCCCCAUCAAAGCACCCACCCAAAGAACUGAGUGGCAGCUCUCCUAUCCAGACACAUCUCUCCAGAAGACAGCUGUUCCCCAGGGACAGGACAUGCUAAGCAGAGCACCAGAUGGUAGAAGCAAAUCUGAAUCAGAUGCUAAUCCUUUGGAUGCUAAGACCAAAUGCCCAGUAAAAGCCAGAAGUUACAUUGAGACAGAAACAGAGAGCAGGGAGAGAGCAGAAGGGUUUGAGUCAGAAUCAGAAGAAGGGGCCACAAAACCAAAGCUAUUUGCAUCCCGAUUACCAGUUAAGAGCAGAAGCACUCCAUCUUCCAGCAGGACAGGCAUGAGCCCCACAAAAGAGAGUAGGGAGCACUUCUUUGACCUUUAUAGAAAUUCCAUAGAAUUCUUUGAGGAAAUUAGUGAUGAGGCGUCCAAAUUAGUGGACAGGCUCACACAGUCAGAAAGGGAGCAGGAGCCACCUUCAGAUGAUGAAAGUAGUAGUGCCCUGGAAGUGUCAGUCAUUGAGAAUCUGCCACCUGUUGAGACUGAGAAUUCAGUUCCUGAGGACAUCUUUGACACAAGGCCCAUUUGGGAUGAGUCCAUUGAGACUAUGAUUGAACGCAUCCCUGAUGAAAAUGGCCAUGACCGAGCUGAAGAUCCCCAAGAUGAACAGGAACGGAUUGAAGAAAGGCUGGCUUACAUUGCUGAUCAUCUUGGCUUCAGUUGGACAGAAUUAGCAAGAGAACUGGAUUUCACUGAGGAGCAAAUUCACCAAAUUCGAAUUGAGAACCCCAACUCCCUUCAAGACCAGAGCCAUGCACUGCUGAAGUACUGGUUGGAGAGGGAUGGGAAGCAUGCCACAGAUACCAUCCUCAUUGAAUGCCUCACCAAGAUUAACAGGAUGGAUAUUGUACAUCUCCUGGAGACCAACACAGAACCCCUGCAGGAGCGCAUGGGCCACAGCUAUGCGGAAAUGGAGCAGACCAUUGUACUGGACAACAGUGAAGGAUUUUCAGUACUUCAAGAGGAGCUCUGUGUUGCCCGGCAUAAGCAGAAAGAGGAGCAAGCAGCUUCCAAAGAAAGCGAGUCCAGCGAUCACCCACCCAUGGUCUCUGAAGAAGACAUUUCUGUUGGUUAUUCCACAUUUCAAGAUUGUAUCCCCAAAACUGAGGGAGACAGCCCAGCCGCAACACUUUCUCCCCAAAUGCACCCGGAGCCAGCUCAACAGGAUUUCUCAGGGAAAAUGCAAGACCAGCAGGAAUACUAUAUAACAACACCAGGGGCAGAAGGGGCAGAGGCUGUAGAAGAGCUGAAACAGUCAAGAUACAUAAUUGUGAUCAUGUUGUGUGUUCAAGCCAGGGUGGUCCACCAAGUAAUAUCCCAUCUCAAACAAGUUUUUCUUGAAGCUCGGAGGUGGUGGCACACGUCUUUAACCCCAGCACUUGCCAGGCAGAGGCAGGCAGAUCUCUGGGAGUUUGACGCCAGCUUGGCCUAUAAAGUGAGCUCCAGGAUAAUGCCAGGGCUGAUACACAGAGAAACCCUGUCUUGGAAACCAAAUACAAUUUUUGAUUACAUUUUAAAAUUUAAAAUAAGAUUAAAAACAACGAUUCAUGCAUGCUUCCACCAGGAGCUAACAGAGGAAUUAGGAGAGCUGGAGGCCAGCUCUGAUGAGGAGGCCAUGGUAACUACCAGGGUUGUCCGCCGGAGAGUGAUUAUCCAGGGAGAUGAUAUGCCUGACAUACCCCCAGAAACUGUCUCAGAAGAGGAAUAUGUCGAUGAGAAUGGACACACCGUGGUGAAGAAGGUCACCCGGAAAAUCAUUAGGCGGUACGUAUCCUCUGAUGGCAUGGAGAAGGAGGAGAUUACAAUGCAGGGAACGCCACAGGAGCCAGUCAACAUUGAGGAUGGGGACAGUUAUUCCAAAGUGAUAAAGCGUGUGGUAUUGAAGAGUGACACCCAGCAAUCAGAGGUGACCUUGUCUGAACCCAGCAUUUUGUCCAGUACCUCACAGUUUCAGGCUGAACCAGUAGAAGGCCGUAGAGUCAGCAAAGUUGUUAAAACAACAGUGGUACAUGGAGAAAGGAUGGAGAAAAGCCUGGGGGACUCUAGCUUAGCCACUGACCUUCCUUCAGCCAAAGAUGACUUUGAAGAGGACAACAAUGAGUAAAGCCAGUACACAGAAGAGGGCUGUGGUGAAGGACCAGCAGGGAAAACGCAUCAACUUGGAGCACCUGGAGGAUGUUCCUGGAGCACUAGACCAAGACGACCUCCAGAGAGAUCUCCACCAACUCCUUCGGCAUUUCUGCAAGGAGAACACAAAGCAAGAGGCCCAAUGAGGAGCUGCCCAGUUCUUACCAGAAACCACAUACCCACUCAAUAUGCAACUUCCCAUUUCCUGUCAGGAGUGACCCAAGUGGCCUAAUUACUGGGAUCCUGUGACAUUUCCACUCUUGGCAAAUACAAGGCAUUUUCUUUUGCUUCCUUCUCCCCCACCCUCUCUAACUAUAAGCUAAUUUGUGACCAAAGAUAGCAUCCUUCAUUCUGGAUGCUGUAUCCACUAUUCUGAGCAUCUGUGCUAACCUGGGAACUGGCGCCUCCAUUGUUCUUUGCUUCUGCUCAGGCUCCAUGAAAAUCAGAAGAACUUCACCUGCAGACUUCUUCAAGUGACAGAGGGGAAUGUUUCCGAGGAUAUCCAUGUAUAAUGUAUAUAGCUGACAUUCUCAGACGAACAACAGAGUAAAAUUUAAACCACUGCCUGUCAUAAUUUCACUGGGCAUCAUGGAAUAAAAGCCUCUUGAAAUUGCUGAACAAUGGUUAAUUAAGAUAUUGUUAACACAGUUAAGGGUAACACAGUUCUAUGAAAGGAACACUUCAGACCUUGACAUGUCCUUAGUACUUCCAGAGUAGCCAUUGCUCCUAAAUACAGGAUCAUAAUCUUGAAGAAUGAUCCCAAGGAGCAGAAUCUAGUACUGGUCAGCCAUCGAUGAUGGCUCUCCAGCUGCCACCCUGAGGGAGGGGAAGAAGGGAGCACAGACAAGCGGAUGGAAACAAUGAGGUAUUCUGGUGCUAGAAGCUGCAUGGGUGGUGUUCUAGCACUUUCAGGUGUUUUUGAUUUUGGACACGUUGGCAGGGUAUUUUAAAAAAGCUAUAACUACUGUAGUUUUCCAGUGUUCAUCGCUGCUUUAGCAAACCACGCUGUCUUACUGGUGGUACUUUCUUCUGGCCACUGCACUGUAGAUAAUUCAUUGGAAACAAGAUUUAUGCACCACACAAAAUGUUAAAUGAUGUCACCAUGUUGGAGUGGUUUCUUUUGCUUUUUUUUUUACCCCCACCUCCAGGUGUAUCUCUUCUCUAAUACCUGCAUGUGGCAUUACACACACACACACACACACACACACACACACACACACACACACACCACACACACACACACGCACACACACAAACCCUUUUUGUCAUACUAAUGGUUUUAACCAUGGGCUUUCAUUUUCUAGCUAUGUCUGCUUUUCGGCUUGCAGACGAGAUUGAGAAAUCCUUGGAAAAUUUGGUUUUGAUUAAUUUUUUUGAUUUAUUUAUUUGAAACCCAGACACCCUUGGAAACUGAAGUGCAUUUGUGCAACUUUCUGUUUGUUUCAGAGAAGGGACGAUGACUGAGUGAUCCCCAUGCCCUGUGUCUAAUCCCUCUAGUGGUUGAAGCUGUGUAGCAUUUUAACAUAUAUAUAUAUAGUCACAAAUAUAUUCAUAUAAACAGUAUACGUUUUGAAUCAGUUAUUUGUUAAAGAAAAGUAUAUUCAAUGAAGAUGAGAUUUAAAAAAAAAGAAAGAAAGAAAGAAAACAGUGUACUCUCCUGAGACUGAACUUUGUCCAAUCCUAUCUGGCCUUUUCCUGUGUGCAGAACUGACUCAUUGCUUGGAAUGUCAAACACAAACAGGACAAACAAUGGCACUUCAUCUUUUAAAGUAACAUUACCAAGAGAGGAAUUUUCUUGGGAGAGAGGUUUCCCAUCUCCCAAAUCUCCUGAGCCCCUAACGCUAGCACUUUCUGUGGGGGGUUGAGUAGAAACAAAGUAUUCUUUGGCAUCCAGAACAAGAGAGGCAUGUGGCAGCCCUUUUUGAGAUAUGCCAUGGCCAUCUUGUCAGAACUUCACCGGAGCUCAUGAAAAGCCUUUCUGUUGUGUUAUUUGCAGUGCAGAUGAUGUCUGUGUAGCAAUAUAAUGGUCAUUCACCUUCUUUCAAUUUUGAUUUUUUUUUUUUUGCUGUGUUAUCAAAAAAAACUUGAAUACUGUGAGAAGAAGUGAAUUUUCAGAAUUUUCAGUUGAUGAAUCAGCAUCUUGUUCCCAUGGUGAUAACACUAAUUGAAUAUAUCUAUGAGGGCAUGUAUUAGUUAAUGGAAAACAAUACAACACUAACAAUACAUAGCUGCAAUGUUGUACAAUGGCUGAUUUAACUAAAUAAAAUGUACAAGUGUUAAAUGUG